AUGCCCAGUCUACAUCUACGCGUUUCCUGCAGGGACACCGUCCCCGGCGAGGCCGUCGCCGCCAUCGGGUCCUGGAGCGCCUGGGAUAAGCAUCGCCCUGCGGUCUUAUCCACCACCGCAGACACAUUUCCCAAAUGGACUGCCUCCGUCCCGCUUCCCACCUCCGCCUCCGUCGAGUACAAGUACGUCAUCAUCCGCGACGGCCACGUCAUUAGAUGGGAACAAGGCCCCAAGGGCGUCAAUCGUGAGGUCGCUCUGGAAGAUGCCGAUGCAUCCACGGACGACAUCUUUGACCGCAUACCCGCCGUGCGAACAGCCCGCAUCCAGAAAGACCCCCCUUCCGCUCCGCAGUCACGCCCGUGGGCUUCGGACGGCGUAUCUGCGAACGGACACUCCAAAUUCCCUGUCGCGCUGGAUGACCUCGAGCGCGCCAUCGUCCACCUCACCAACGAGAAGCGCAGCUGGCGCCAGCGCCUUUCUUUCGUCCGUUCUCUAUUCACGGAGGACUCAGCGGCUUCCAAAAACUCGUUCAAUCCGCAAAACAUCGACCAUCUCGCUACCGUUUCCGUCUUCCUUACUUUCCUUGCCUCUGGUCAGGUCCGUUGCGAGGAAGACGGUGGCCACCAUCGCCCUAACCACCACGCCAACGAGGCCCGCCAGUUGGAAGCCGCCCUCGCCCGCGUUGCGAAGAGUGCCCCACGAAAAGGCACGGAUUCUUACACUCCAUACGUCAUCAGAAAGAUCUUUCCGCAGCUGCCGUCUUACGCUCCGCAAUUCACAGCCAGUGUCCCUCUUACCCGCAUUAGGGAUAUCGCACACCGAGGCGAUAUCCCACAUGAUUUCAAGCAGGAGAUUAAACACACGCUUCAGAAUAAGCUCCAUCGCUGUGCCGGGCCGGAGGACUUGCAGACAAGCGCCCGUCUACUGGAAAGGAUUCAGCAUGGCGAUUUUAGCGGCGGUUUGAAGGAGCAGUUUGCCAUUUUCCAUGCUGAGCUCUUGGAGUUUUUUAACGCGUCUUCUCUUGACGAUCGCCUGCGUUAUUUACAAGGCAAUCAGAAUACAAAAGCCCUCGCUUCCCUUGCAGGGAAAAUGUUAAAGGAGAAACAUAGCAAGUAUCCAGCUAUGCCACAAAUGGAAACUCUUACCAGCCUGAGGAAGGGACUUGCUGAGCUCCCACUCAUGCAGGUCGACAUGGAAACAACAGGGGAGAACCAGCUGCCAUCAGAGGACGUGCAGAGGACACGCCUUGCAGAUAUCGAUUUGGAGGGGUAUGCUUUCAUGCUACUGGCAGGUAUCGCAAAAGAUGCAGAACAGCAAACCGAAGGCCGCUUUGAUUGGAACAAUGCAGUCAAGGGGUUGAGUAUCAGUUUGGAGAAUAUUGCUCUUUCAGGUGUUUGUCCAGCAGAAGCAAGGGCAACAGCGAAUGAACUUAAUUCAAUUGCCAAUCCAGCGAAAAGAAGGGAUCUUCUUCGCACCAAGGCAACUGUAGAUAGGGCGCUACGGUUCGCAGAAGACUUCUCCAGUUCACUGAGCGACGUGUUCAGUCGCCGAGCCACAUCAAUCGGACAAGCUCUGGGGGUUGACGGACAUGCUGUGGCCGUGUUUGCGGAAGCUGAAAUAAGGUCGAACAUAACAUUCCAAGCUAGCAGAAUCGCGGAUGCAUGUACAAAGAUGUGCCGGAUUGGUCUAAACCUACCGCCAUGGGAUCCGUUGAAUGCAGGUGAGGCAUUCGGGAAGCUCGUUUUCGCGGAGAAUCUGUCUGACGUAUCUGCAACCGAGGAUAGUGUGAUUGCUGUCUGUCGAUAUGCCGAUGGGGAUGAAGACAUACCAUCAAACGUGUGUGCUGUCGUCCUCGGCCGUUCCUUGCCACAUUUAUCCCACUUAGGUGUCCGCGCGCGACAAGCUGGCGUUGUAUUCGUUUGCGCCGAGGAACGCGAAGCAUUCGAAAAUUUUUGGAGGGACAGAAGUCUCAGCUAUGCUGCCGUGGAAGUAAGCCAUCGAGAAGGCUUGAAGUCGUUUGCGAGAACACAUUCGAUUGAUGGCUCGAACCAUUCAAACAAAAGUGUUACAGAGAACGGUCACAAUGUAAAAAGGGCUGUGAAUAUUGCAUUCGACGGGUCUGUGAAGAACCCAAUUGCAAUUACAGAAGCGACACGGGAUAACGCCUCAUCAAAGUGCGCAUUCGUGGGGAAACUGCGCAAACUCGCGAUGAAAAGCGACAGGCUCUUUGAAACUCCGAACGGCGUCGCCCUUCCACAUGGCAUUUUUCAGUCGCAACGCUCGGGUCAUGGCACAGUGUACCUGUCUUUAAUAAAGCAGUAUUUGGAUGAAGGGAACACCGAAAAACAUGAUGAUGCAGCGCAUUCACUAUUUUCCUUCAUCGCUACAAAUUUCGAAAUGACAAACGAUCAUUGCAAACGAGUUCAAGCCGAGUUCUCAAAAAGUGCGAGGGUAAUGGUGCGCUCCAGUGCCAAUGCAGAGGAUCUCGAAGGCAUGAGUGGUGCUGGAUUAUACGAUUCCAUUGCGAACGUUCCAGUUGGUUCCACAGAUGCUCUGAAAUCCGCUGUUGCCCGAGUUUGGGCCAGUCUAUGGACUUCACGAGCUGCAUCAAGCCGAGGUUCAUAUGGUGUCCCACAUGAUGAAGUGUCUAUGGCAGUUCUCAUUCAAGAAAUGAUCUCAGCAGACUUUUCGUUUGUUGGUUUCAGUUAUGAUCCUGUGAGAAAGAGUAGCGAGGCAAUCUACAUCGAGGUAGCCGUAGGUAUGGGCGAGACUUUGGCUUCAGCGUCGUCUUUGGGUAGUCCAUACAGGUUCAGAGUUGAUAGGAAAUCACUUGAUGUAGAGGUCCUCUCAUUUGCCUCAUAUUCUGAAGGACUGGUUCCGAGCGACGAUUCUGACGGUUUGCAUGUUCGAACUGUGGACUAUUCAACACAGCAAAUGACGAUCAAUAUGGAAUUUAGAACUGAAGUGGUUCAGACGAUCGCCAAGACCAUUGUUCUUCUUGAAGAAGAAUUUGGAGGCCCACAGGAUGUAGAGGGAGCGAUCACAGCAGAUGACACAACGAACCGGAUUUACAUUGUCCAGGCACGCCCGCAAGUUUUGUAGUGAACCUGGUUGUCAUGGAUGAAUUUUUGAGUUACUUAAGGAAAUUGAAAAAUGGGCGAGGAAUUGUCGCAGAUGGUUUCACACGUAUACACUGCAAAACGGAACGAGUAGAGAAGUAGAGAAGCAGCUGCAUUGUCAAUCACUUGCCUGACCGCUUCUUGAACUAGACCCCGUUAAAUAUUCACAAACAACACUUAGGUUGUACUACGGUAUCUUGAAAGAAAGUCGAGAGCAAUAUUGAUAUUAUUGUGUGGGAAAGGAUAGUUGUCCAGGACAGCAACAACCUAGGUUUUGGUUGAAGGUGAGGAAUGCAGAAUAUCCCUUUGAGCCAACAACAUGCUUCAGUUUUUAUGUAUAGCAAUAUGUUCGUGAGAAAACUGUGACCUGUUGAGUCGAACGGAAAGUUGAGGCAGUACAAUAAGUUCUGUGACAAUAUAGUGAAA